AUGCCAAAAUGGAAAGAGACAACUCUGAACACCCAUGAUUUAUCACUUCCAAUAUGGCCAAGCAAAGGAGACGAGCGAGAGUUCUUCCGUGUGCUCUUGCUAUCUUCAUCUGAUAUGCAGUCAUCUUCCAACAUAUUCGCCCGGAUCGAAAGACUCUAUCACCAAACCGGGGGCCGCAACGUAGGAAUCAUUUUUCUUCUUCACGAAAAGCAAAGUAGCGAUAAUGGCACGAAAGAAUAUAUAAACCUCCAAAUCAGCCUGAUGUCUUCUUUCGAGAUUCCAAUUUUGCCUUUGCCAUCAAUCUCACAAUUCCUCGAAGUGGUCCAAACUUUUCAGAGACAACUUUGUAUUGUUCCACCCUUCAAAGGGGUUGAUGCUCAAUAUGAGCUUCUACCAUUUAACAACGUCGGUAAUGCCAUGACCGAGCAUACGAGGAAUAUCCUCAGUGACAUUUGUCACAGCAUUCCGGAAUUGGCUUGUACUGCCGCUACAGCUGCUGGCCAAGAGCAAUUGAGGGAGUGGUUGUCAGAGCCUGGUGCGGAAUCCGCUGAGGAUAUUAUAGAUUUUUGGAAGCGUGAAUAUCUCCGCGACUGA